AUGUUUAUCCUCCAAAAUUGUGCAUUUUUCCUACUUACACUAUUUCUUAUACGGAAUUCCGAACAAUACAUCCGCGAUUCAAGUUUUCUGCGAUUCUGUGAAAAAGCGGGAGGAACUUCGAGUAAAGUAAUCGAUGAAAAGAGUCCGAAUUCGGAUAAAUGCGAGGUUACGUGGAAACAAUUUCCAGUUUCGGAUGAUGUGAGUUCGAAGAGGAAGAUUUCGCCCCCUCAUUAAAAUCCCGUAAGGUGAAAUUUAUUUAGAAAUGUUCAUUUCUCCCGGUCACGUGAAAUUCUGAUAAAUAUAUAUUUAUCAAAAAUGCUUCAUUUCUUACCUACACGUGUGGUGUAGGCGGGGAGAGCGAUGCCUUCCAAUCAGGCAACCCUCCUUCUUUUGUGGGUUCGAGCCCCACUCGGAAAAAUUUUUCCCUAUAUCGAGUAAUGCAGAUUUUCGGAAAUUUUGUUCCUUUCUCCCCAAAAUUGCGAAAAUUUGACAAUCCAACGCGGCAAAAAAGAAAAAAGAAUAUGGAGAAGAAAAAGCUUAAUAAAAAGAGAAAAUCGAGAAAAUAUCAUGCGUGACCCAUGAAUGAAAAAGCCUGAUUCUUCAGAUGCUAUUGGCAUUGUUCAAGAAUUCCUAAUUCCUAACGGGCCAAGAAUGUUAUUCAAGUCCUCAAUACGAAAAAAAGAUUGAAGAAGUUUUUUUUCGAAAAAUUGAUAGGUGACGUCAUCCAUGGCAAAAUUAGGAAGCCUUCCUGAUUUUGCCACGAGUCAUUUUUCGAUCAAAAAACUUGAAAUUUUUCUAUAAAUUUGAUUGUAAUUCGUUUCUUUAACAUCUUACGAGUACAUUAAAUUCAAAAAAAAAAUUAAGUAAGUUUUUUUUCGAAAGUUUUUUCAAAAAAAAAGUUACAGAUUUGGAAUAAUCCAAUUUAACUUUUUUUCUUGAAAAACUCGGGCCGAUUUUUUUUACAUUUUUGGAUUAUUCCAAAUCUGUAACUUUUUUCUUGAAAAACUCGGGCUUUUUUCAAGAAAUUUUUUUUUCAAGAAAAAAGUUACAGAUUUGGAAUAAUCCAAAAAUGUAAAAAAAUCGGCCCGAGUUUUUCAAGAAAAAUCGGCCCGAGUUUUUCAAAAAAAAGUUACAGAUUUGGAAUAAUCCAAAAAUGUAAAAAAAAUCGGCCCGAGUUUUUCAAGAAAAAAAGUUACAGAUUUGGAAUAAUCCAAAAAUGUAAAAAAAAUCGGCCCGAGUUUUUCAAAAAAAAAUCGGCCCGAGUUUUUCAAAAAAAAUCGGCCCGAGUUUUUCAAGAAAAAUCGGCCCGAGUUUUUCAAAAAAAAUCGGCCCGAGUUUUUCAAAAAAAAGUUACAGAUUUGGAAUAAUCCAAAAAUGUAAAAAAAAUCGGCCCGAGUUUUUCAAGAAAAAUCGGCCCGAGUUUUUCAAGAAAAAUCGGCCCGAGUUUUUCAAGAAAAAAAGUUACAGAUUUGGAAUAAUCCAAAAAUGUAAAAAAAAUCGGCCCGAGUUUUUCAAGAAAAAAAGUUACAGAUUUGGAAUAAUCCAAAAAUGUAAAAAAAAUCGGCCCGAGUUUUUCAAAAAAAAAGUUACAGAUUUGGAAUAAUCCAAAAAUGUAAAAAAAAUCGGCCCGAGUUUUUCAAGAAAAAAAGUUACAGAUUUGGAAUAAUCCAAAAAUGUAAAAAAUCGGCCCGAGUUUUUCAAGAAAAAAAGUUACAGAUUUGGAAUAAUCCAAAAAUGUAAAAAAAAUCGGCCCGAGUUUUUCAAGAAAAAAAGUUAAAUUGGAUUAUUCCAAAUCUGUAACUUUUUUUUUUUGAAAAACUCGGGCCGAUUUUUCUUGAAAAUCUCGGGCCGAUUUUUUUUUUACAUUUUUGGAUUAUUCCAAAUCUGUAACUUUUUUUUUUGAAAAACUCGGGCCGAUUUUUCUGGAAAUCUCGGGCCGAUUUUUUUUUUUGAAAAACUUGGGCCGAUUUUUCUUGAAAAUCUCGGGCCGAUUUUUUUUUACAUUUUUGGAUUAUUCCAAAUCUGUAACUUUUUUUCUUGAAAAACUCGGCCCGAGUUUUUUUUUACAUUUUUGGAUUAUUCCAAAUCUGUAACUUUUUUCUUGAAAUCUCGGGCCGAUUUUUUACAUUUUUGGAUUAUUCCAAAUCUGUAACUUUUUUCUUGAAAAACUCGGGCUUUUUUCAAGAAAUUUUUUUUCAAGAAAAAAGUUACAGAUUUGGAAUAAUCCAAAAAUGUAAAAAAAAUCGGCCCGAGUUUUUCAAGAAAAAUCGGCCCGAGUUUUUCAAAAAAAAAAGUUACAGAUUUGGAAUAAUCCAAAAAUGUAAAAAAAAUCGGCCCGAGUUUUUCAAGAAAAAAGUUACAGAUUUGGAAUAAUCCAAAAAUGUAAAAAAAUCGGCCCGAGUUUUUCAAAAAAAUCGGCCCGAGUUUUUCAAAAAAAAGUUACAGAUUUGGAAUAAUCCAAAAAUGUAAAAAAAAAAUCGGCCCGAGUUUUUCAAAAAAAUCGGCCCGAGUUUUUCAAGAAAAAAGUUACAGAUUUGGAAUAAUCCAAAAAUGUAAAAAAUCGGCCCGAGUUUUUCAAGAAAAAAAGUUAAAUUGGAUUAUUCCAAAUCUGUAACUUUUUUUUUUUUUGAAAAACUCGGGCCGAUUUUUCUUGAAAAUCUCGGGCCGAUUUUUUUUUACAUUUUUGGAUUAUUCCAAAUCUGUAACUUUUUUGAAAAACUCGGGCCGAUUUUUCUGGAAAUCUCGGGCCGAUUUUUUUUUUGAAAAACUUGGGCCGAUUUUUCUUGAAAAUCUCGGGCCGAUUUUUUUUUUACAUUUUUGGAUUAUUCCAAAUCUGUAACUUUUUUUUUUGAAAAACUCGGGCCGAUUUUUCUGGAAAUCUCGGGCCGAUUUUUUUUUUUGAAAAACUUGGGCCGAUUUUUUCUUGAAAAUCUCGGGCCGAUUUUUUUUUACAUUUUUGGAUUAUUCCAAAUCUGUAACUUUUUUUCUUGAAAAACUCGGCCCGAGUUUUUUUUUACAUUUUUGGAUUAUUCCAAAUCUGUAACUUUUUUCUUGAAAAACUCGGCCCGAGUUUUUUUACAUUUUUGGAUUAUUCCAAAUCUGUAACUUUUUUUCUUGAAAAACUCGGGCUUUUUUCAAGAAAUUUUUUUUCAAGAAAAAAAGUUACAGAUUUGGAAUAAUCCAAAAAUGUAAAAAAAAUCGGCCCGAGUUUUUCAAGAAAAAUCGGCCCAAGUUUUUCAAAAAAAAGUUACAGAUUUGGAAUAAUCCAAAAAUGUAAAAAAAAUCGGCCCGAGAUUUUUCAAAAAAAGUUACAGAUUUGGAAUAAUCCAAAAAUGUAAAAAAAAAAUCGGCCCGAGAUUUUCAAGAAAAAUCGGCCCAAGUUUUUCAAAAAAAAAAAUCGGCCCGAGUUUUUCAAAAAAAAAUCGGCCCGAGUUUUUCAAAAAAAAAUCGGCCCGAGUUUUUCAAAGAAAAAUCGGCCCGAGUUUUUUCAAAAAAAAAAAUCGUGCCGAGAUUUUUCAAAAAAAAAAUCGGCCCGAGUUUUUUCAAAAAAAAUCGGCCCGAGUUUUUCAAGAAAAAUCGGCCCGAGAUUUUUCAAAAAAAAAAGUUACAGAUUUGGAAUAAUCCAAAAAUGUAAAAAAAAAUCGGCCCGAGAUUUUCAAGAAAAAUCGGCCCAAGUUUUUCAAAAAAAAAAAUCGGCCCGAGUUUUUUCAAAAAAAAAAGUUACAGAACGAAAAAAAUAAUUAAAUAAGAUUUUUUUUUCGAAAAAUUUAUCGAUGACGUCAUCCAUGGCAAAAUUAGGAAGCCUUCCUGAUUUUGCCACGAAAUAUUUUUUGAUCAAAAAACUUGAAAUUUUCUAUAAAUUUGAUUGUAAUUUGUGUGAUUUACCUCUUACGAGUAUACUUAAUUCAAAAAAAUAAUUAAAUAAGUUUUUUUUUUCGAACAAUUUUCGAACAAUUUAUCGAUAACGUCACCCAGGAUUUUUACUCAAAAUAUCGUAAUUCUAUAGUAAUAACCACAUUUCCAAAAAUCUAUCUUACCCGAUAGGGAAACAUUUUUCGAGCGGGAAUCAAGCCCACAAAGGGAGAAGGGCUGUCUCAUUGGAAAUCAGAUAUUUGUUCAUAAAAAUUUCAAUUGACCGAGAUGAGCAGAAAUUUCAUUAAAAAUGGAACUAUGUUCUGCCUGGGAGACACGCUCAACUAGGGGCACAGCCCCUAGUCUACGAGAAAAAAUAACAAAAUCCUCAUUUCAGGAAGAAGCGAAUUGGUAUUGCAAAACAUGGGGACCGUAUCCUUUGCUCGAAUUCAAAAUGAAAGAUAAAAAAGCUUGGUGUAGAUAUGAAAAUGUGUUGAGUUGUCGAGAUGAUUAUACACAAAUUGAGGGAAAUUGUUAUCGAAAAAUCGAUAAAAUGAUGACGUAUGAAAAAGCAACGAAGUUGUGUAAAAAGGAAAUUGUGAAGACUAAAAAUGGAAAAACAAUUCAUGGUGAUUUGAUUAGAUUGUACGAUGUCGAUUUGAUUCGUUUACUACGAGGUGAGCAGAGGUUACAGUACAAAAUCCUAACUGGGUCUCGUCACGCUACAGUACUUCAUUUCCAGCAUUCUUCACCGAUCUCAAAAAAUUCUUCAUUCAACCCGAUGAAUAUCUCAAAGAAUAUCUGGAAUUUGAUGGUGGUGGUCGAGAUUUCGCUGUUCUAAUUGAUAUGGCAAUACAUUUCAAUCUUGGACCGGGUGCAAUUGUCAAACUACGAUCAAAAUCAAUUGCGCAAGUGAUUUGUGUUUAUAAACCAGAAGAGACACCGCUAAGUUUUGGAUUCAAAGCCAGAUUGUUGGCACCAUAUUAUUAUCCGAUGCAACAGGAUGGAUUUAUGACUGUUUGGAGAACUUCUGGACAUUAUAGCAUUAUGUACAGUACUGGCCAAAAAGAUAUGCAAAACUAGUUUUUCGAGUAAAUUUACUCGAAACUGUCGAAUUUCGACCCGAAACCUUUUGGAGGUUAUUUUUUACGCCGAAUCUGAUUAUUUGCAUCAAUUUCAUAGAUGAAAAAAAAUUUCUUGAUCUUACUAGGUCGGAUCAUCAAAUAUCGACUUUUUCAGAAUAUUCAAGUUUUCACCAUUCCUUGAUUUCUUUUCAAAAAUACAGAGUUUCCGACCGAGAAUCAACUUGCAGAAAUGACUAGACAUCAUUAUCUUUCAUUUCCGACCUUAACCUUCAAUUUUCAUGAAUCCUAAGAUCGACCCUGAUGUCUUCAGUAAGACCAUCUAGAAAAUUGGGUUUAGGUCAUUUCCCCGAUAUUUCCUGAAAUUUUAUCAUCAGAUUUUCUUGAAAACAUGUUUUUUGAUCAUUUCCAAGGUGAUACCACAAAAUUCCAACCCUAACUUGAAGUUUUGACAUAGUUUUGACAUUGCUGGAUUUCCGAUGUUCAUCUAGAACUUCAGAUCUAGACCAUCAGGAACUUCAGAAUCGCAUUUUUAUUUAUGAAAUCCGUUCCUGGGAUGGUCAAUAUGGUGUAGCAAUGCAUAAUUGAUAGUUUAUAGAGGUUUCCAAACUCAAAUCGGAAGUUGAAUCGGGUUAACACAAAAAUGUUGUACUUUUACACUGUUUUCCUCUGUAAAAUAUGCAAAUUCUUGUAUUUUGGAACAUAAUGUGGUAUAACUGAAUUCAAAAGAGCUUUCUGGCAUUGAACGAUCAUAGAUAACUAUUUCACCCAUUCUAGGAACGGAUUCCACCUAUAAAAAUGCGAUUCUGAAGUUCCUGAUGGUCUAGAUCUGAAGUUCUAGAUGAACAUCGGAAAUCCAGCAAUGUCAAAACUAUGUCAAAACUUCAAGUUAGGGUUGGAAUUUUGUGGUAUCACCUUGGAAAUGAUCAAAAAACAUGUUUUCAAGAAAAUCUGAUGAUAAAAUUUCAGGAAAUAUCGGGGAAAUGACCUAAACCCAAUUUUCUAGAUGGUCUUACUGAAGACAUCAGUGUCGAUCUUAGGAUUCAUGAAAAUUGAAGGUUAAGGUCGGAAAUGAAAGAUAAUGAUGUCUAGUCAUUUCUGCAAGUUGAUUCUCGGUCGGAAACUCUGUAUUUUUGAAAAGAAAUCAAGGAAUGGUGAAAACUUGAAUAUUCUGAAAAAGUCGAUAUUUGAUGAUCCGACCUAGUAAGAUCAAGAAAUUUUUUUUCAUCUAUGAAAUUGAUGCAAAUAAUCAGAUUCGGCGUAAAAAAUAACCUCCAAAAGGUUUCGGGUCGAAAUUCGACAGUUUCGAGUAAAUUUACUCGAAAAACUAGUUUUGCAUAUCUUUUUGGCCAGUACUGUAGGUGAAAAGACAGCGAAAAAAAAUUAUUAAGAAUAUUCAAACACGAAAUUUAAAAAAAGUGGGCGGAGUUUUGCAGAGUAAUACCAGCCCCUAAAUGAGUUACCUAACAAGUAAGUCAUCAAGCAUUUCUUUAGGAGAAACAUGGAUGGUUUCGACGCGGUUCGAAAAAUGCAGUGCAUCAAUGAGUGCUAUAAUCGAUCCCUCACAAGCUGAUAUUUGGGACGCGACAAUUGAAAACGUCCCAAAAUUGAAUGACAAUAUUAAAUCAUCGAUAGUAACAUCCUAUGCACCAUACUAUUUCUGUUGCACAUAUGAUUUUUAUGAGUAUGGCAAAUUUCAAUCAACUUUGGUGUAUAAACCGAGAGAAUAUGAGAAAGAAUGGAAUUGUCAUUUUAGAGAACACGUAGAUUCGCGUCAUUCGAUGAAAAUCACAAAAACCGAAUGUACACGAACAAAUAAAUUGCAUCGCGAAAAUCAACACACGUUUUUGUUCACGCCGGAGAAAAUGUGAGUUGUCGGAUAUUGGGAGAAUCUCGAAAUUGUCAACUUUUACAGAAAUUCACUUGAUAUUGUCGAACGUCCAGUGGUUCAAGACGCUCCACUUCUUUGCUCAAUUUUCUACAAAAAUGAAAAGAGACCAACAAAAUGCGCGGAUGGUUGGGAAGAAUAUGUUCGAAAAAGUGGACAAGGUGUUUGCACGAUAUUUGUGCGCAACAAAAUUGUAAGGCCCAGUCAAUUUAACCUAACUUCAUAAAUUUUAUUUUCUAGGUGCGAUAUAAUUCGGCAGAAUCUGAAUGUAAAGCAAUCGGUGGAGAACUUGUCACAUUUUCCGAUGAACAAGAAUAUGAUAAAUUGAUGAGCUACAAAGUUCCGAUUUAUCUCGGACUUCGAAAAAAUAUCGGGUGUACACGUCAUGAUUCGACUGAGAAAUGUAACAGGAAAAAUGUGAGUUUUUUACAAGAUUAUUUGAAAAUAUAAAAAUCUAAUCAGAUUGGUGUUUGGAGCAAUAAAUAUGGCGAGAGUUUGUCGAAAGUAAAAGAUUUGAUACGUAAGAAAUGGUGGAAUAAUGAUCCAGAUAAUGCGAACAACAAUGAGAAAUGUCUUUUGGUUCAUGGUGAUUUCGGAUUAAUCGAUUGGUCUUGUGAAAGUGAUGCACAUUUGGCUUGCAUAUCAGGUUAUACAAAAUAUGAAGAAUGA